AUGUACCGGCAGAUCCGUAUUCAUCCAGAGGACACUUGUCUCCAACGAAUUGUCUGGCGUUUCAAUCCUUCGGAGCCCAUUCAUGUCUAUGAAUUGCAAACCGUAACCUAUGGUCUAUCUCCAUCGUCGUUCCUAGCAACACGUGUUCUUCAGAAAUUGGCGGAAGAUAGUGGAAAUCAAUACGAACAUGCCGCUCCGAAAGUAUCAAAGGAUUUCUAUAUGGAUGAUUUUCUUUCUGGGGCGAAUUCUGUGAUUCAAGCUCGAGGACUUCGGAAGGAGGUGCAAGCAUUGCUGGCAGAAGGAGGGCUGCUACUAAGAAAAUGGAAUUCAAACCACCCAGAAGUUCUGGACGAUCUACCAACCGAGUUGAACAACAAUCUAUCAACAAUGUACUUUGAAACAACGCAGAAGAUCAAGACGCUUGGAGUUAUAUGGGAAAUAAAAUCGGAUCACUUCGGAAUCGAACGAGUAUUUCCACCACUGCUCACCAGUAGUUACCUGGGCAAAAAUAAGGAUGCAGCAUCUCUGGUUGAUCGCGCCGAGUGGGACGAUCCAAUUCCAGAGGACAUUUAUGUAAAAUGGCAGGAAUACUAUCAACAGUUACCAUUACUAAAGUCAUUUAAAGUUUCAAGAUAUUUGUUCACGCCAGAACCAAAAGAAAUUCAGUUCCACAUCUUCAGUGAUGCUUCGGAACUGGCAUACGGGGCUUGUAUUUACGCUCGAUCCACCAACAAGGAUGGUCAAACCAAAACGGAGCUAAUCUCGGCAAAAUCUCGCGUAGCACCACUCAAGCGAGUAAGCCUACCUCGCUUGGAGCUCUGUGCUGCACUUCUGGGAGCAAGAUUAUAUGCUCGGAUAUCUGCAGCGCUGGGAAUGGAGGAAGUCCAUUGUUGGUUCUGGUCGGACUCAACAGUAACCCUACACUGGAUACAAGCACCAUCUAGUACCUGGCAGUCAUUCAUCGGAAACCGUACAUCAGAAAUUCAACGACUCACACACGGUCACACGUGGAAUCACGUGAGGGGAAUAGACAACCCUGCUGAUUACAUUUCCCGUGGCCUGCUUCCUGAAAAAAUUGUCAACAAUACUGUUUGGCGUAAUGGUCCAGUAUGGCUGAGUCAAGAGAAGGAAAAUUGGCCGAAGCAACAGGUGUUAGAGCCUAUAUUAGAUGAACUGUUGGAAAGAAAAAAUACUACGCUACUCACAGAUGCCACUUUACCGGAUACCUCACUAUUUGAGCGAUAUUCCUCAUUUUGGAAACUUGUUCGCGUUACUGCAUACAUACUACGCUUCAUAUCUCGUUGUCGCAAAAAAUCUCCCCAGCAAGAACCAUUCAUCACUGUGCCGGAACUACAAGCUGCGAAGGAAGCGCUAGUCAAGGGCGUGCAACAUCAAAUUUUCUUCGAAGAAGUUAAGGCUUUAAAUAAGAAGCAAUCGAUACCGUCGAAAUCUCCACUAAAAAAUUGCGUGUUGAGAUAG